AUGCUUUACCAGCACUGUACCUACAGGGUGGGACACUCGGAUGCUCUGAGGGCCAGGGCCGUGGAGAUACCGUGCAGAGGUCUGAAGGUUUCCAUGGUCAUCGUCCUUCCAGACGACCCGGACGGACUCGCUCUUCUCCAGGAGAGACUGACACCGGCCAGACUCUGCGAGCUUCUGUCUAGCUUCAAAAUGGUCAUGAACGUGGAAUUGAGCCUUCCCAAGUUUAAACUCGAUACAGGCAUACUGCUGAAGGACAGCCUCGUUGCCCUAGGCGGAAAGGAGGUGUUCGCUCCUGGCUACGCUGACCUGUCGGGUGUAUUUGAGAUUGGGCGGCCGGCGGUCGCUAAUGUAGUUCACAAGACGUUCGUGGAGGUCGAGGAGGGAGGCAUGGACAUGGUUUGUUGGAGCGCCACGACGACUCCCAUGUGUCAGAUGCAGUUGUUCCAGGAGGUGGUGCGGGAUCAACUUGACGCCUUUGUGCGUGGGGCCAAUGUGCUCCUCUUUGCAUAUGGCCCUACCGCUGGGGGAAAAACCCACACGAUGCAGGGUCCACCAAAUGACCCAGGACUCGUGCCGCGCACCCUCGAACGCCUAUUCAAGCUGAUCGGAUCUCGGGUGUGCAAGGGGGCACCAGUGCGCCCGGACUGCUUUGACGAUGUGGUGCCGCUCAGCGCCGAGCAGGAGGCCUCUGCGCUCUUGCGGAAAGGCAGAUUGUUGGACAUGAAGGCAGCCCGCAGCGCCAUGGACUUCAGCCGUAUUGCCUCAAGUAGCAGCCAUGAGUCCCUACUUCACAGCUGUGACAGCAGCUAUGAUGAAGCACAAGUAUCCCUGUGGCUCUCCUUGUAUGAAAUCUACAACGAGGGAAUUUAUGACCUGCUGCUCCCAUCGGCUGAGGCAGCCACAAAUAAAGGCGGCCAGUGGCGCACCAUUCUAAAGUUAGGUGAAGACCGGGCUAAGCGCACAUUUGUGUGCGGACUCGUCGAAGUGCCCGUGCACUCGGCCGAUGAGGCGCAUCUGCUGUUCUGCCUGGCGCGCACGAACCAAACCAUUGCCGAGACUCGGCUGAACCGCAGCUCGAGCCGCAGCCACUGCGUCUUCAUGAGGCCAUCCAAAGCGGGCACUGAUGGGUCAUGGCUUCGCGAAGCCGGCUGCAUCAACAACUCGUUGUGAGUGCUCAGCCGCUGCUUGGAGGGCCUCCGUAGCAAAGAUGCGUUCAAGAAAGCUCCGGUGCCCUUCCGAGAGAGCAAGCUCACCCA